GAGAAGAUAAGAGGCAACACAGAGAGAGAGAGAGAGAGAGAGAGAAGCUCUUGCAAAGCCAGGGAUUAUAUAAAGGGAUGAGAGAGAUAGAGAGAGUGAGUAAGACAGACAGACAGACAGACAGACAGAGAGGGAGAGAGAGAGCUCUCACCAGCAAAGGAGUGAGUUAUACAUAAAAGAGGAGAAAGAGAAUUAAAAAAAAAGAGAAGCAGAAAGUCCCAGACUGGAGAAAAAGAGGGGGGGGAGAAAAAAAGAAAAAAAAACCAUGGACCAAAGUGUCCAGGACCUGGAGAGCUGCGGGGAUCCCAGUGGGGGAGAGGAUGAGCAGAUGAGUCACUCCCACCUGGAGCUGCGGAACCUGCUCCGAAACUGCGUGGUGUGCGGACGGGAGCUGACAGAUCGCGAACCCCGACUCCUGCCGUGUCUGCACACCUUCUGCAAGGACUGCCUCCCCACCGGCAUCCCCGGCCCCGACCCCCCCACCACCAGCACCAGCAGCACCAGCAGCACCAGCAGCAGCCGCCCCCCCGAGCAGGAGAACAGCGAGGAAGAAGGUGUUAUCUGUUGCCCUGCUUGCAGGCAGACGUGUUUCACAGGAGAUGUAGUGGAAAACGUGUUCAUCCGAGACUAUCCCCGAGCUGUAGAGAAGAUGGAAAAUUUCUGCUCAGACUGCGAAGAAAAGAAGCAAGCUUUCAGUUUCUGCUCCGACUGCACUAAGUGGCUGUGCAAUACCUGCCUGGUAGAACAUGUGCGUGGGAAGGAAACUAAGCACCACAUGCUGUCCGCCCAAGAGAAUACCACAGGUGAUGGCAGUGACUCUGACGAAUUCCCGCUGUACUGUCCUCUUCACAACAAGCAACCGCUGAAGCUCUUCUGCGAGACCUGUGACAUGCUGGCAUGCUGGAACUGCCAGCUAACACAACACAAAGAGCACAGUUUCAAAUACCUGGACGAUGCUCUACAGAACCAGAAGAACGUUUUGGAAGAACUGACCGUGAAAGUGGAGGAGAAGAAAGUCAGUAUCCAGAACUCAGCCAAGCAAGUGCAGGACAGACUGAAUGAAGUGAAGCAGAUGCAGAAGAAGGUGGAAAAUCAGAUUAGGAUGGCCAAGAUGAUUGUGAUCAAUGAGCUGAACAAGCGAGUGAAUGUUCUGAUGGACCAGCUGGAGCGUGUCACCAAUGAGCGGAGUCGGAAACUGGACCAUCAGCUUCAAGCGGUGGUGGGCGUUUGUCGGCACCUGGAGCACGUGCUCAACUUCAUCAACUGGGCCGUCUCCAAGAAGAACAGCAUCCCCUUCCUGUUCAGCAAAGAGCUGAUCCUCUUUCAGACGCGGCGGUUGCUGGAGACGCAGUGCAACGUGGACCUGGGUCCGUCCAAGAUUCAGUUUCGCUGGGAUUCCGCCACCUGGUCCAAGCAGCUCUCCAAUUUAGGUCAUUUGUCAGCUGAUCGCGAAAACCCGGUGUACCAAGAAUGUCAGCCUCUCUUCCACCCGGGCCCGGGGCCUUGUGACCUGACCAGUCACGGACAUGCAUUGCAGCCGUCUCUCCUGCGCCAGACUCCCGUGCAGCAGCAAUACUCUGUGUGCGGCAGCCACUAUCUGAACGUCCAUCCUGUGCAGCGCGAGCGCGAGGCUGCGAAUUGCGCGCAGCACCCUCCCCAUCUGCCCGAACAUCUGCAGCACCAACUGCAGCUGCAUUACAGCGGACUGCACCAGAGCAUCUCGCAGCCCGUGGCCCUGCAGGGGCCGCCCGGCCUGCAGCGCUGGCACACGGUUGCCCCUCACCCUGGGCGUGAGCACGGCGCGCUGGCGCUGGGUGAGCACGUGCCGCCGAUGCUGUACGCAGUGCAGGCACAAGUGCACAUGGCUCCCGCGCAGCAGCCGAAGCAACAGCGAGUGCUGCAGCCUCAAGCGCAGCCUCCCAAACAGCCGCUGCUCCCGCUGCAGCUGCAGAGGCCGCCGGACAAGCUCUGCCAAGCGCAAGCCGGGAAGCGGCCCAAGCAGCCCUCUCCCCCGCCGCAGCCGCCGUGCAGAGAGGAGCGCGAGGGGUCGCUCGCCGAGCAGCACAGCCCGGAGGUGAAACAGCAGGAGCAACGAGACUUGGACCGAAUGCCGGUCAGUCUUCAGGAGCUUCUGGAGCAGCGGAGCAACAGCCGGGCUCCGCAGCAUGGAGAGCGAGUCACCGGAGCCCAGCGUAACUGCCCGGUCAGGCAGCAAGAAGCAACGAUGGAACCCCAGCUCCCGAGAGAGGCUGCAAGCGACCACAGCCGGCACCUACGCCUGGAGCAGCCACGGGAAACCCAGAGGGUGUCACCCCUUGCCGUGGCUGAUCGAGUCGCCUUGCCCGAUUCCCACAGCGCUGAGGAAGAACACGGCCUGACGUGCCUCGGACAAGGCGACAUCCCUCUUCAGUCCUUGGAGUUGAAGGCGCCUCACAGAGCUGAUGGGGAACCAGUGUCCCACUCCAAGGCGGCCUCGGCACGCUUGUUGCCCUCAUGUCCUGUGAAGAAAGGAAGAAUAAAGCGCUCUGCUUCAGGCAGCUUCAAACGCACGUCCCCCAGAGAGGAGGACAUCGCUGUGGAUACUAACCCAGUCAGCAGUUCAGCCUGCCCUACCGAGGGUCUCCCAGCAGAGAAACUGGACGUGAACUGGGAACCCAGCAACACAGUGUAUAAGAGUGAGGAAACGGGCUCCACGUCACCCACCGAUUCCCUGGGAAGUAAGCGGAAUCCUGCCGAAGAGAACGGCUUCAAAGAACCGAUGAACCUCUCUGUCAACCUUAGCUGUAAACUCUCUCUCCUGUCUCCGGGGUCAGUGAGCAGCACCCCUCCUCUGGACUCCACUCCUGUAUCCGAGGAUGGGGAUAUGCCAGAUCCCGGUGUGAGUGAUUCACACGAUGUUCCGUCGGAUUCCCCCGAGUCACCGCGGCCUCCUGACAACCAAAACACCAGAGCCCCGGCUGAGGCAGUGAAGGUCCCUUACGUGCGGCUGGAACGGCUCCACAUCUGUGCCCCGGUGACCGGUCCCCUGCCUGUCUUUAAAGUGCAGCCGGACGCUAAUGAAGAGGAAGGUAACUUCGUCAUCACGAUGGAAAAACAGACCUCAGAAACUCCAGAAAAAAACAUCUCGCUGGACAACCCCCUGACCCCACCAAACUCCAACCCUCCGCCCCCACUGAAGGAUACCGAGGACCUCGCUGCCACUCCUGCCCUGUUGCCGAGCAAAGACUGCCCCCCGCAGCCCCCGGACAAGAAACAUUUUGACGGCAGCGAGAGCGGAACCCCUCCUCGCAUGGCCCCGGCCGUGCUGGGAGGCCUGGCCUUUGAGAACGAGGACUGGUGCGCGGUGUGUCUGAACGGCGGAGAGCUCCUGUGCUGUGAUCGCUGCCCCAAGGUCUAUCACCUGGGCUGCCACGUUCCGGCUCUGCUCAGCUUCCCAAUGGGGGAGUGGCUGUGUAUGCUGUGCCGCAGUGUGGUGAUGCCGGAGGUGGACUAUGACUGUGAAAACACUCGACACAUUAACGAGCAACGGGGGAAGAGGACGUUACAGGGGCUGUCCAUCAGCGACCAGCGGAAGUGUGAGAAGUUGACCUUGUACCUCCACUGCCACCAGCUGAGCAUGCCUUUCCAUGAGCCGGUCAGCCCUCUGGCUCGCCAUUACUACCAGAUUAUCAAGAGGCCGAUGGAUCUCUCCACCAUCCGGGCAAAGCUUCAGAAGAAGAACUCCCUGCAUUACUACACUCCUGAGGAGUUUGUAUCUGACGUCCGCCUCAUGUUCAUGAACUGUGCCAAGUUCAAUUACGCGGAUUCAGAGGUGGCCCAAGCUGGGAAGAGCCUGGAACUGUAUUUUGAGGAGAAACUGAAAGAUGUUUACGUGAACUUAUCGGUAACCGCGCAGGAGGAUUCCGACUUCGAAGAGAUCGACAACUUGAACGGCUCCGUCACCGUCAACGGCUUCACUUGGCCUUCGGAGGAGAAGGAAUCGGUGAAACGCAAGAGGCGACGCCGAUAUGGUGCGAGCCACAGAGACAGCCACAGGAAGGGGAGUCGCUGCUGAAUGUGGGGCGGGCCGACUGCGAUUCCCCCCUCUUUCUCUCUCUCUCCCCCUGUUGGCAAUUCAUUCUGCUCUGUUCGGUUUUCAUCCGAAAACCCGAAUGUAGGAAUUGCCUUUAUCCCCUCGUUGAUGAUUGAAGCAGCUGAGAAUGGGAGAAAAUCCACAUGACUUUUUAAUCCACGAUUUGCCAUACGGUGCAGUCAGCCUCCGCACCAUGUAACGGAGCCCGGUGAUUGUCGAGUGCAGGAACGGGACCAGGGCAGGUGCCUCCAGGACACUGACAUAUAUUGUUCUGGUUGGCUUUGAAGCUGUUCUUUGUUGAAUGCAGACGGAAUGAUGAUUCAUUCAAGCGUCUUAUCUCCUCUCUCCUUCUCCCCCCCCACCCACGCGUACGCACACACACUGACACGAAACAACUAUUGUCUGGGCAAUGAAACUGGCGUUCAGCCCAUGAAAUGUGAGUUGUGUUUCCUUGUUGAGGGUUCCAUUAAGAUUUCAGGUAGUCCUGCUGUGACUUUGCUUCCUGUACUCGUAAGGAGCUGAGGACUUGGGGUAGUUUUACAGAGCUAACAAAUUGUCACUGUAUUUGGUUGUUGGCUCCACCCCCCCUCGAAUGUGGUAGUCUUUAGAAUAGCAGUUGGAUUUAGCUUUGGAUUAUCUUAUUUUUAUAUAUCUAUUAAUGACCAGUGUGACAGUCAUUCAGUCAUUCAUGGACUCUUAACUUGGUAAAGUCGUUUCCAUUGAGGUUGAUUGUAAAGCCCUUUGGAGCUGUGGAUUUUUCUAUGUUGCCCCCCCCCUCCCCUCACCACCAAAAAAAACCAGAUCAUCCUCCAUUGCCUCCAGCCCUAUGAUACACACCAGGUAGUAAGGAUAACGUUUGUCCCUCUACCUUUCUAAUUGCUUUUGGAAGGGGAAAAUGUCAGGUAAGAUGCCAUGAAAGGAGGAUGCAUUUCCUAAGAGGACUUACUAUAGGCAAUAGAUUGUCAAGCUCCACCGAAACCAGCUUUGGUUAGCUUAGGCUUACACCCAGGAUGCAGGAAGCAGCGUGUGAGUGUCUCCUGCUGGCUAUGAUGGUAGGUUGCAUUAGGAAGUUGCUGUCACUGGGGAGAGACACAAAGCCUAGGCCGAUCGCUGGGGAGAGCAAAUUAACCAAAAAUAGAGGUGCACACCGUCAUUGUCUGAAUGUGAGGCUUUUUCUUAGAUACGGUAACUUGUCGAAUAGCUGCAAAGAUUUUCUAUCAUUCAAUUGGCUUUCUUUGUUACUUGUCAGACAUAGAUUAGAAACCGUUUCACCUCCGUAUGUUUGCCCGCUAGCAAACUCUGUUUUCAAUGAGGAGAGCACAGUUUACUACACUCCGUAGCAAUGUCUGACCUAGUAGAUGGCUGUAGAUUCCUAAUGGAGGCUGUAAUGAUAUUGAAGCUACACAGAGCUGUCAGACAGGCGUCUAUUUAAUGCAAUUGUACCAUGACUGAUGAAUAAAGUUUGAUUUCUACACA